UUGUCGCUGGGUAUCCGCGCAUCACGUGAGAGCUCCCCCGGAUCGUCUCUAAGAUCCCGUUCCAUGGGAAUUUCUCCCCUAUCAGGGACAUCGCUGCUCUACGUUCAUUGUCCUCCGUGCCUUUGAUAGCGCAGCAUGCGCAACACCUCCAAUGGCUAACCUAUCCCCUUCCUUGGCGCAAUGCGCCAUUGUCGCUACAGCCUUCAAGGUUCUACUCUUCCCCACCUAUAAAUCGACCGACUUCGAAGUUCAUCGGAAUUGGCUCGCGAUUACGCAUUCAUUACCGGUCCAGGAAUGGUACUACGAGAAAACCUCGGAAUGGACGCUCGAUUACCCUCCUUUCUUCGCAGCUUUCGAGUGGCUAUUGUCGCAAGCGGCACAAUAUGCAGACCCGGCCAUGUUGGUUGUCAAGAAUCUGAACUACGAUUCCUGGCAGACAAUUUACUUUCAGCGAGCGACCGUUAUCCUUAGCGAGCUCGUCCUCGUUUUCGCAUUGAGUCGAUUUGUCAAAUCGGCGCCUGAGUCCAAUAAGCAGCUUGCGCACAUUGCCAGCCUAUCAAUUCUGUUAUCGCCGGGACUGCUUAUCAUCGACCACAUACAUUUCCAAUAUAACGGCUUCAUGUACGGCAUUUUGAUCCUGUCCAUUGUACUAGCGCGGAAGCAGUCAACGCUCCUUUACAGCGGUAUCACCUUUGCCAUUCUGCUCUGCAUGAAACACAUUCACCUAUAUCUAUCGUUGGCCUAUUUUGUCUACUUACUCAGGACAUACUGUCUCGAUCAGAAGUCAAUUUUCCGGCCUAGAUUUGGCAACAUCUUCAAACUUGGUCUGGGCGUCACUAGUGUGUUUGGGUUGGCGUUCGGUCCAUUCGCCUACUGGAAUCAACUACUCCAACUGAAAGACCGGCUCUUUCCUUUUUCAAGAGGCCUGUGCCAUGCCUACUGGGCACCCAAUAUCUGGGCAAUGUACUCGUUUGUGGACCGUGUCCUCAUCUUGCUUGCCCCACGCCUGGGUCUUGAAGUUAACCAGAAGGCUUUGACUAGUGUUACUCGGGGGCUGGUCGGAGACACCUCUUUUGCUGUUCUUCCUGAGGUGACCAAGGAGCACACUUUUGCGCUAACCUUCCUGUUUCAGCUGCUUCCGCUGAUCAAAUUGUGGCGGAGCCCUGGGGAUUGGGACGCCUUUGUUGGCGCAAUCACGCUUUGCGGAUAUGCUUCCUUCUUGUUUGGUUGGCAUGUUCAUGAAAAAGCCAUCCUCCUGGUAAUCAUACCGUUCAGUCUGAUCGCUCUUAGAGACCGGCGGUACUUUAGCGCAUUCCGACCUCUUGCGAUAGCUGGACAUGUUUCGCUGUUCCCUUUAUUAUUCACAGCAGCCGAGUUUCCUAUCAAGAUCAUAUACACCGUACUAUGGCUGGUCUUGUUUCUGUUUGUAUUUGAGCAGGUGGCGCCAGUUCCCGAGCGACCUCGGAUUUUCCCGAUUGUCGAUCGCUUCUCCUUACUCUACCUGGCUGUAGCUGUUCCGCUAAUUGUGUACUGUUCGUUGGUUCAUCAGCUGAUCUUUGGCCUGGAACGGUACCAGUUUUUGCCCUUGAUGUUCAUGAGCAGCUAUUCCGCCCUUGGGGUAGUAGGUAGUUGGGUGGGAUUUAUGGUGGUAUAUUUUAUUGCGUAACCAAGAAAGUAAAAAAGGAAAGAUAUAAUAUAUCAGUAUAACAAAAUUCUGGUUCAGUGAAACUGCAACAAUGCCUAUAAUCCAUCAAGGAACAUAUCACUAGGUGUCGUGUUAC